AUGAAGUUCAUGACCUGGAACGUCAACGGGAUCCGCGCCCUAAUCCAGUACCAUCCCUACUGCGAUGACUUGCACAAGAACUAUAGGGAGAUUCUCGACUAUCUCGAUGCCGAUGUGAUAUGUUUGCAGGAAACAAAGAUUACACGUUCUAAACUCGAUACAGAUCUGGCGUUGGUCCCUGGCUACGAAUCCUACUGGUCCUUUCAUCGAACAAAGUCGGGCUACUCGGGAGUCGCCAUUUACAUCAAGGACCACAUCAAACUGUUGGCGGUAGAAGAAGGCAUAUCAGGAGUACUCUCAGGGAACAUUGCCUUACCGGAAGCAUUAUCUACAUCUCAAAAAAAUGGCUCCUUGCUGAACAGACCAUUGCCAGAUAGUGCAUUGGACGACAACGGCUCGGCAAAGAAAAGAGUCGGAGGAUACCCAUCAUUAGAGGGAGACAGCACAAUUGCACUCACCAGGUUCCAGGAGCUGGACAAUGAAGGUCGCGGUCUCAUCCUCGACUUUGGGUUCUUUGUCCUGUUCAAUCUCUACUGUCCGAACGAAACGGACGAAACGCGACUACCAUUCAAAAUGGAUUAUUAUCAUCUGCUGGAGGCGCGUGUGCAGGAGUUGAUCAAAGAAGGACGAGAGGUCAUCGUAAUGGGCGAUAUGAAUGUCGUGCCAACGGAACUGGAUCAUUGCGACCCGGCAAAGUGGAGGAAGGAGGCAGGAGAGGACGAUUUCACAAACACGCCACCCAGACGAUGGUUCAACAGCUUCCUGGCGCCGAACGGACCCAUGACAGAUCUGUUUCGUGUGUUCCACAAGGAUGAGCCAGGCGCGUUCACAUGCUGGAACACUAAGAUCAACGCAAGGCCCUCGAAUUACGGGACGCGCUUGGACUACAUUCUUGUUACGGACGGAUUAUUACCAUGGUUCAAGUCAUGCGACCGAAAGCCCCACGUUGUUGGUUCGGAUCAUUGUCCAGUUGUGGCGGAAAUGUUUACGGAACUCGCUAUGGAAAAACCUUGGGAGGAACAGGAGCAGUAUUGGCAAAAGACGCAAAGGCUGCAAGACGUUUUGGACUCAUUCGGAGGCACGACCGGCCAUGCCCUUGCAGCAAGGUUCUUUGACGAGUUUUCAGGAAAGCAGCAAAAGUUAUCUGCGUUUUUCAAGAAACCUUCUCAGAUACCUGCCAGCUCACCGGUAUCGAUGAUUGCAACAACGAGUCAAUCAAUGCCUUCGUCGCCAUCACAGGCAGCAGCCGAUAUUAAACGACCGCUUUCACUUGACUACAUGGGCGAUCCAGCACCAAGGAAGAAGAUAUUUUUCAACUCUGAGAGUAGUUCGGCAUUAUCAAAGACGUCGUCUACCUCGACCAUAGCUAUGACAUCGACAGCAAAUAGCUUGAGCGACUCGUCUAAAAAUAUACCCAGGAGUGCCAGCAAAGCACCGACAAAAGUAGGCACUGGACGCUCAAUCCAAGAUAAACCGACAUUGAAAAAAUCCAUCAACUCGAAACCAUCUGGGCAGCAGUCGGUACUCUCGUUCUUUUCAAGUUCGUCUAAAAAAUCGAACGAUGUACCAGCAACAAGCAAAUCCGUUGCUAGAGAUACAGAAACUGAUAGUCAGUCGCUGAACCAGGACACCACGACCGGCUCUCAGUCACCGUCAAACGUCUCAUCAACGCUAUCACAACCGCAGGAGUCGUCGCAGGAUAUGUCGCUUUUAUCUUUGGAUUCUACUGCUGGAUCCUCGUCGACAUUCUCGCCAAACGACUUUGCAGACUGGAUCCCAGGAUCGCAGGAUGUGAUGCCAUUCUCAACAAACGGAGAGUCAACAACAUCAAAGUGGCAGAGUUUAUUCCAGCCAAAGGCAGUUCCAAAAUGUCGAUUUCAUGGCGUUCCUUGUACAGAACACACGGUCAGCAAGAAAGGACCAAACAAAGGCCGGCGGUUCUUUUCGUGUUCCAUGCCCGUUGGUCCAGAAGGCGAUGCGAUCGGACAGAAGCCAGAAUACCGUUGUAAUUAUUUUGAAUGGCUCAAUUCUGAGCGGAAGAAGUAG